AUGGAUAAAAUCGAAAAAAAUAAAAAAAAUAACGACAUAUAUAGUGUUGAUUUUAAAUUGUGUGAUAAUAUAUCUGAAUAUGAGUUAAAUAUUGACCAAGAAAAUGUAUGGGAAACUGAUAUAAAUAUUAUUGACGAAGAAAUUCGUAAAAUAAAUGAUAAUGACAUUUCCUUAGUGUCUACUUUAGAUAACCAAAUUGAUAGGAAUGAAUUAAAGGAUGAAAUGUGUGAAAAAUCAGGAAAAGAGAAAAUUCAAAGUUUGGAAAUACAAGCAUAUCAAAAUGAAACACCAACAGAUCCAGAAUAUAAUAUAAAUAAUGAAAUAAAUAUAUCAAAUACAAAUAUUGAUAAUCCUAUAAAUUGUACUGUUAAUACAAACAGUCAUUUACUUUUUUCUGAAAAUUUGUGUGCAGAAAAAAAUUAUAUUUAUUCGAACGAAAAUGUAAAUAUAAAUAUGAGCAAUGAAGAAAAUAUAAAAAAAAUAAAAAAUGAGGAUAAUAAUCCUAGAUCGAUAAAUACUAAAACAGAACAAGAAAAUUUAGAUUUUUCUAAAAAUAUUACAGAUAUAUCUCACCAAAAAAGUGAUAAUAACUGUUUUAGUAAUAAUGAAAAUGAUACAAAAAAUUAUGAACAACUCAAAAUACAAUAUAACGAACUUAUGAACAAAUCUAAUGAUUAUGAAAAUGAACUGGCUACAUUAAAUAAUAAAUUAGAGAAAUGUGAAAUAAAAUGUCAAUCUUUUAUGACAAAAAUUAAAAAUGAAGAAGAUAAAUGCAAUAAAUUGGAAAACAAAUGUUAUGAUAUGGAAUAUAUUAUGAAAAAAAAAGAUAUUGAAUUUAAAGAAUAUACAGAAAAAUUAAAUAAUGAUAUAAAUGAUAAAACUGGUGUUAUAGAACAAUUGGAAAAAUGUGUAGAAAAAUAUAAAAAUAAACUAAGCGAAUCACAAGAUUUUUUUAUUCGAAAUGAAAAAAGAAGUAUAGAAACUUUAGAAAACAAACUAAAAGAUUGUAGAAACGAAAACAUAUCACUGUUAAAUAAGAAUAAUGAACUAAACAAAAUGUUAAAUGAUUUAAAAAUGCAAAAAGAAGAAAAUGAAAAAAAUAUAGAAAGUUUAAAAUAUAAUAUGAAAAUAAAUGAACAUGAAUCUUUUUCAAACAUUGAAAAAAUCCAAAAACAAAACGCCCAAAUAGAAUUAUUAUUAAAUGAAAAUAGUAAAAAUGAAAAAACAAUAGAUUUAUUAAAAAGUGAUAAAUUAAAAAUAGAAGAAGAAAAUACAAUUUUAAAAAAAAAUUUAUUAACAACACAAGAGGAAUUAAAAAAAAUUGAGCAGCAUAGUUAUGAUAUUUAUGAAAUGAAAAAUUAUUUAGAAACUAUUCUUGAAAAGCAUAAGAAUGUAAUGGAUCAAUUAGAAUCUGAAAAAAAUCAAAAAGAAAAUCUAAAAAUAAAAAUAAAGUCAUUUUUAACUGAAAUUAAAAAUUCAGCUAUUGCAUUAAAAAUGUGCAAAAUGAAAUGCUCAUUUUUUAUUAAUAUUAUAAAAAAUUAUGAACAUAAAAUUUCUGUUUUAGAGAAUAAAUUGGGAAAUUAUGAAUUUGAUAAAGAGAGGGAUGGUGAUCGAAUACAUAAACAAAUUUGGAAAACUCAAAACGAGAGCCCAUCAAAUUUUGAAGAUAUUCAUUCCCAUGAAAACCCAAACUUAUCAUCUAAACUUGAUAACGAAAAUAUGAAAAAUGAAGUAACAAACACAGUGAAUAACUUUAAGAAUUAUGAAAAUUUUAAUAAUGACAACCAAAAUGAACUAUUAGAAGAAAAGUUUGAUCUCGAAGAAAAAAUAGAAAAAGAAAUAAAUAAGAAAGAAGAAGCUUUAAAUAAAUUAAAUAAUCUAGAAACAAUAUUGAAAGAAAAAAAUUUAGAAAUAAAUGAAAAAAAUUAUAAAAUUAAUACAUAUAAAUUAUUAAAUAAAAAUUUGCAAAAAAGUAUAACAAAUUAUGAACAUAACAUAAAUUUAAUGAAAGAAAAUAUACAUAAAUUAGAAAAGGAAAAUGAACUUAAAGAAAUCAAAAAUUUAAUUGUUCCACCUAAAAUAAUUGUUAAUAUUUCAAAAUUAUCGUCAUUUGAAAAUAAUUUUAAAAAUGAAUUAAAAGAAUUAAUUGGAACAUCUUCUAAUUUUUUGGGAAAUACUUUUAAAUAUAUAAAUGAAAAUCCAUUAAAAAAAAAUCUACAAACUAAUCCAUUUUUCUUUUCAACUGAAAAAAAAAAUGAUAACAGUACACAAAUAGUUAAUAAUAAAAAAGACAAUUUAAUAAGUUCCUAUAUCAAUGAUACUGUUGAUGUCACAGGAUUUUCUAAAAAUUUUAUAUAUAAUAAUAUGAACAAAAUACCAAAUUUUAUCAAUGAUAAUAGCUACAAAACUGAAGAAUAUCAAAAUGAGCUAGUCAAAAAUGAACAUAUUUUUUCUGAACAGUCAGAUGAAAAAAAAUUAGAAAACUCCCCUUUUCUGAGUGACGCAAUUUGGAGCAAACAAAACGAAAACUCAUAUGAGGAAAAGCAAGUUAUUAGUACUUAUUCUAACAUUGGAACCACAAAUAUUGAUGACCAAAAUGAUGAAGAUAAUGGCAAAAAUGAAAAAAAUGACAAUAAAUAUAUUGACCUUUUUAUGGGAAAAAUAAAUAUGAACACGCAAGGUAACAAAUAUAAUGAAAAACCAAAUGAUGGUCAAGUUUCUCAAUUUUUUACAAAUACCGAAAAUAAAAUUAAAGAUCUAUUUGAUCUUAGUAGAAAAAAAAAUUAUAAUAAACCAAAGGAAAAAAUAGAGUCCUUUCAGGAUAAAGCGAACGAUACAACUUUUACUGAAAAGUUGUUUGGAAACUUUGGAAAUAUUGGCAAUAACAAUAGUUAUGAUAUAAAAGAAAGAAAUUUUAUUGCAUGUCAGAAUGAUCAAUUAAACACAAAUCAAAUUGAUAGCUUCAUGCCAAACGAGGAAAAAAUAAACACAGAAAAAACUCAAAAUAACUUUUAUAUAAAUAAAGAAAAAGCAACUCAGGAGCCUAAUGCUAAUGAAGAAAACAAAAAUGAUCCAGAACUUGGCUUUUCUGGCGAUGAUUCGCAAAUAAAUGAUGUAUGGGACGAAGAAAUCGACUUGGAUAAUUUUUAA